AGAGGAGCCGGGACGCUGGACGAUGGCGCUGACGGGACUGCUGCUGCUGGAGUUGGGUCUGUACGCCAGCUGCUUCGUCUGUGGGAUUGUCACCGCCGCUUCCAUCACCAUAGUCCAGGGUAACUUCGGGGGCCGGUGUAUGCUUUAUGGACUUGUCUACUACAAUGGAUCAGCGAGCCUCAUCGAUAUCCAGUCAUCCAGCUCCUCCUCUCUGUGUUACUUUGUGUCGGCCAUAUCAGUCAUGGUGGCAGUGGUGUGUUUCUCACUGUCUCUGUACUGGCUCUACAGCUUCUGCAUUGAUGGGGAAAUCAGAAGGGAGCGCUUGUGGAUGAACAUGAUCGUGAUCGUGUGCGGCGCCUUCCUCUUCUUCCUGCUCAUCACGGGGUGCAUGCUGAAGAUCGGACGCGACUCGCUCUGCAACUCGGUCAUAACCACUGUUCCAAACAUCACCAGAUGUGAGGAUGCCCAGAACAGGCAAUGGGUCAGUCCACUUAAAGGAGCAAGAUUCUACAACAGUCUGUACAAAGCAGAGACGGCAGUGUGGGUCAACUUCUUCUUCUGGGUCAUCAUCGGGGUCCUGGUGUUCAUUCAGAGGCGUCAGAGUUUAGGGUCAAAGGUCAUUGCUGGAGGGUUUGGCGGGCCGGCAGGAGGGCUUUUUGGUGACCCGGGUGUGACGGCAGCAGAGACAGAGCCGUUUUUCAACCGUCCUGCACGACCACAGUGAGAGCGGGUGUCACAGAUUACCUUCACAAAACAAUAACAUAGCAUGAUAAUGUGGGAAGUGGGUACUCAGCUGUGUUACUUUAGGUGCCUUAUGAGUGACUAUCACUUUGUUCAAUUUUUAUCUGAAGCUCUUAACAGUUACUUGUUAUCACACCACAUGGGUACAGUUAAAAUACAGUUCUCGACGAGGAUGGGAUUCGAACCCACGCGUGCAGAGCACAAUGGAUUAGCAGUCCAUCGCCUUAACCACUCGGCCACCUCGUCCUGCAGCUCAGUAUUCUAAUACCAACACAGAUUCAGAGCCUCUAUGAGUCUUUCAGAAGCAGACUGAAACAUAAUCCAAACAAGAUUUACCCGUUUCCCACAUUUCCUGAUUAAUUUACUAAAGCUAUGAUAGAAACCUGACUACUGGAGCGCAGACAAAUCUGUUUUAUGUGUCUGUAACAUUUUGUUUACAUAACCACACAACGGGAGAGUGUCUUUUGCGGACAUUCACUUUUUUAUUUCAUCACUAUGCUUGUUUUUUUGUGUGUUUUUGAUGUGAAUGGCAGAUGUUUUCUGUUCUAAAAAGAUUUCCACUCAUUGCACAGACUGUCCGUUUCUUUUGGCACAGACUGGAAAUGCAUCUCCAAAAACAGCUCCAGUAAAACCUGAGUCAGUGAACUGCUUAUGUCACAAUAACUACAAAUCAUAUGUUAGAAUUAAGUCAGUGUAUCAAUGUUACAGUGUUCUUUAGCAGCACGUAAAAACAGGGUGUUUUUUUCUUCAUCCACUUGUAUUUCUCUACAUGUUUUGGCCACUGUGCCAAAUAGUAAUUCUGCUGCAGCUGAUUGCUGCUAUUGUGUUUCAAUUUGAAUACAUUUCAGACGGUGAUCCAAGCGUUUGGAUUCUACUCUGUUAGGUAAAGAGCACUUCUAUUUGCAUGGAGUGUGAGGACAAACAAUUUUAUUUGUCCUACAAGAGUCACGCAAUACAGUAAAAAACAACAACUGAAAAUAUACUCAUCUCUGCACAAAACAAAAACAUGCAGCCUAUCAAUCUCAGAUAAAAAGGUUACAUAUUUGCUUUAAUAUGCUUCACUAUUUCUAAAAAGUGACACAGAGAAUGAUAAAUGAACUUCCUGUUGUGCACAAGUAACAAGGAAGCCACUGACAAAACUUCACAUUCCUAAAAAAAAAACCUGAAGUUCAAUUUGUUAACCCUUUAAUGAUCUGUCAUGAGUUUGUACGUGCUAUCACCUGUUUUAUUUUUUACUUGUGUUUUCAUUUUGUAUUUAUGAUGAUUUUUUUCUUUUAACAUUGUUUUUAAGUUGUCUUAAAUGUUGGUGUUUUGAUUUUUUGAUGGUUCUGUUUCAACAUGACCGAAGAACCCUGUGGUUUAAGAAACACUUCCUACAGCUUCAGUCAACAAGAUAUUACAUCAUUAUGACAAUCCAAUGUGUUCCUACCAUCCCUUUUAUUUCUACCAUCCAGAGCAGCUUCACUCUCACAGGUGCUUUACAAAUACCAAAAUGUCAUCCUUUGUUUGGGGGUUUUGUUAAAAAAUUCAACACAUGGUUUGAAGUGAUGCUGUUUUUUUUUACACCAAUAAACCAAAGAGUUGAAACACA